AGUACAUGCAUCCGAUCUUGCGGAUGUGCUCGAAGAAGACGGCUGCUGCGCCCAGCACCAGGAUGGACACUGCGCACAACAUGGAGAGAUGACGUGAGCACCGCAGCAAGGAGGAAGCAGGGACGGAGGAGCAGGGUUUGGGGGAAAAGGGGAGGGCGGUACGAGGGUGGCGAGGAGGAGGGUCAGCGAGAGGGAGGCCGGGAGAAGGCCGCGACGGCAGAGAGAGGCCAGGCGGCAGCCAUCAUCAUGGUCCCGACGGCCGGCCGAUGCCGAGUCCACCUGCUGCUAUGCUGUUGGAGUGGGCUUUCUAGUGGGGGAGAUCUGGACGCUAAGGCCCACUUUGGCAGCACGGAAUCCCAGAGGGAUACCGGCCUUUUCCUCGGAAAAGAAGCCCACGCGGCGAUUUUCCACGGGCCGCGACACAUGUCCAUUUGGAAGCCCACCACUCGCGCCUCUCGGCCCUGUGGGAGCCGGGUUUUCGUGGGGAUACAUCUCCGGCCUGCUGACACCGGGCGAUAUUCCCCGAGUCGUCUUGGCUCCUCGAGACCUCGACUCGACUUCUUCCUUCGACGCCGCCCGUCCGUCCUCGCCUCUCCUCCGACGCCGCCCGUCCGUCCUCGCCUCUCCUCCGACGCCGCCCCUCCGUCCUCGCGUCUCCUCCGUCGCCAUCGCCCAUGCGGCAGCAGCACCUCCGUCUCUACAGGUCUUGGGGCUGCGGACGGCCGCAUCUUCCUCCCUCCACCCGUGCAUCCACUCGUGCAACUCUUCAUUCGCCGCUCGCUGAUCCGACCGUGCCAGUUCAAUCACUGCUCCGUGACUGGCCGGCCUCGUCCCAAGAUCCGGUACGAGCUCUGGGUGAUGUAUGAUUUGAGAAGAAAAAUGCAGUUGCAGUGCGUGAGAAGCUUAUGAAAGGAAUUAAACCAAAAUUUAUUUUUUGAUGUCUUGGAUAUCUGGAUGGAGAUGAUCUAUGAUUUGGUGACGAUUGAAUUAGCUAGAUUGAAUUUGCCACUUGGAUUAAACUUUCUAUGUAUUGGACUAUGCCAACUAAUUUUGGUCUUAUGAUUUUUCAUGCAUUAUUUUCAUGAAAAUGUUGUGGUUGGCAUUGAUC